AUGGCUAUUUUCCUUUCCCUUUUCUUUCUUUUCCUUCUCUUUCUUGGUUUCGCCGCUCUCGUUAUUCUUCACUUCUUAAUCACUUCCACAGCCUUUCGCCGCCGUCAUCGUCACCGCCGUCGACGUUCUCCGCCGUUGGUUUUCCCGGAGGAGAUUCCUUAUUGUGGUGGUGUGUCCCAACAUCAAUCAUCUAUUGGGGAUUGUGCGAUUUGUUUGGAUGGGUUUAAGGAUGGUGAAUAUGUAAGGAAAUUGCCUGAUUGUGGACACGUGUUUCAUGUGAAAUGUGUUGAUUCUUGGCUCACUAGGGUGCUUAAUUGCCCCGUUUGUCGGGCACGGGUUCGGGUCGGGUCGGGUGAUUCGGUUAUGAGUGAUGAAGAUUGGAAGAGAUGGUGGGCUGUUGGUGUUUCUGGCUAG